AUGGCGUUCCUCUUCGGCGCCCUGCUGGGGCUGGUGCUCGGCGUCGGCGUCGUCAUGGCGUUCGCGCGCAUCGAGAAUUCCCGCGCCGAGCAGCGCCGCCAGCUGGUGCUCGAAAUUAGGAAAUGUUGGGUUAGGACGCUGCUGAUUGGAAAUCAAUUGCUAGUAUUCAUGUUGGGCGCCUCUGUGCGCUCCGCUGCGAGCCGCACAAGCUCCGUGAUGGCCGACGCACAGGUUGUAGCCGUUGUCGGCGACCGCAGCAGCGCCCUCCGACGCGCCGGGCAGCACGUUGGGAGAGGUGGUGGCCUGGUGGGGUACAGGGCAUCUGCCAGCAGUCGUCAGCAGCAUGAUGCGCAUGCACAAGCUGCUACAGUUUCAUCUUUCUCAAAAUUGUCUGUUCAAGAUCUGAAGACACUUAUUCCUACUGAGGCCUAUCCAUCGUGGCUUAAAUGGCUGAAUCAAGAAUUGGUGAAAAUCUGGCCAUUUGUCAAUGAGGCUGCAUCGGAACUGAUAAAAUCUUCUGUGGAGCCUGUAUUCGAGCAGUACAAGUCAUUCAUUUUGGCCUCCAUCCAUUUCUCAAAGUUGACACUUGGUACUGUUGCUCCUCAGUUUACAGUUGGAAAACUCAACUGUGUCAUAAGGAUGGCAUCUCUAAAAAGUACGUUGCUUUGUGGUGUUCACGUUGGUGGCCAGCAAAACUUUUCAGGAGUUCAAAUUCUGGAUAGCGACAGUGCUGGUAUUACUAUGGAGCUUGAUAUGCAGUGGGAUGGUAAUCCCAAUAUAGUACUUGACAUUCAAACAACUCUGGGAAUUUCACUUCCUGUACAGGUGAAAAAUAUUGGAUUCACAGGCACACUACGGCUACUCUUUAAGCCUCUGGUAGCCGAACUCCCAUGCUUUGGAGCUGUUUGCGUUUCUUUGAGAGAGAAGAGCAAGGUGGAUUUUACCCUCAAAGUUGUUGGUGGCGAAAUGACAGCAAUUCCUGGAAUUUCUGAUGCAAUUGAGGAAACAAUUCAGGGAACAAUACGUGAUACCAUCGAGGACACACUGACAUGGCCUAAUCGCAUAAUUGUCCCCAUUGUGCCAGGAGAUUAUAGUAGUGAUAAUAGGCCUGCUAUUUUCAGUGAUCUGGAGCUAAAACCUGUUGGAUUAUUAGAAGUAAAACUUGUGGAAGCUAGGGAUUUGAAGAACAAGGACCUCGUUGGGAAGUCUGACCCUUUUGCUGUGCUAUACAUACGUCCACUGAGUGCAAAAACGAAGAAAAGCAAAACAAUAAACAAUGAUUUGAACCCCAUCUGGAAUGAACACUAUGAAUUUGUGGUGGAGGACUCAUCUACCCAGCACCUGACUGUGAAAAUUUACGACGACGAAGGGCUCCAGCCGUCAGAGAUUAUUGGCUGCGCUCGAGUAGACUUAUCGGAUGUUACGCCUGGAAAGGUCAAGGAUGUUUGGUUGGAACUUGUGAAAGACCUGGAAAUUCAGCGUGAUAAGAAACCUCGUGGUCAGUAUACACUUCGUCAACGUGUAUGUGUAGCGAUGGCAGUGUGUGAUGUUUGCUCAAAAAUGCCAUUAGACAUCGUUAUUGUGAGGUCAAACUCGUUGACCAUGUUAUAUGACAAAAAUUCCCCUAUACCCACAUGUCAGCUCUCUCUAUCUCACAAUGAUAAGUGUGGACCCCACUUGUCAGGAGAGUGUAGAUAUACACUUACAAUUUUUGUCAACUUUAUUUCCUUAAUGCCUAAACUGGCAGGAAAGGUCCACCUAGAGCUCCUGUACUACCCUUUUGAGAAACAAGAAGGGGUUUCCAAUCCUUUUGCUGGUCAGAUCCAGUUAACUUCUUUGGAAAAGGUCCUCAAGACGGAAUCUAAUGGAUAUGAUGUCAACCAGAGGAAAAAUGUUAUUACGAGAGGAGUCCUUUCAGUAACUGUUAUAUCUGCAGAGGACAUACCAGCAAUGGAUGUGAUGGGGAAGGCUGACCCGUUUGUCGUCCUGUACCUGAAGAAGGGGGAAACCAAAAAGAAGACUAGGGUUGUGACUGAGACGUUAAAUCCGAUAUGGAAUCAGACAUUUGAUUUUGUAGUAGAAGAUGCCCUGCAUGAUUUGCUCAUUGUGGAAGUAUGGGACCAUGAUACAUUUGGAAAGGAUUACAUAGGGAGAUGCAUCUUGACACUUACCAGGGCGAUACUCGAAGGCGAGUUCCAAGAUACAUAUGUGCUGCAAGGUGCUAAAUCUGGAAAGCUGAACCUGCACUUCAGGUGGACGGCACAGCCAAUCUACCGUGAUCGUGACAGGGACCAGUGA